AUGGGGCACUGGAGAGAAACUUCCAGUAAACCUGAUGGCCUUGUUCAUUUGCAGAAAGCACUCUUAUACGAGAUAUUGUGGAAAGAAAAUUUAGUGGUCUUCAGUGUGGAUGGAGGUGUUAAUUUGAUACGAGAUAGACUUUGUUGUAGGAAGAUUCUGCUUGUGCCUGAUGAUGUGGAUCAUGGGGACCAGUCAAAUGCAUUAGCUAGAGAAUGUGAAUGGUUUGGAAAAGGGAGCAGGAUCAUUAUUACGACAAGAGAUAAACAUGUACUAACUUCUCACUGGAUAGAUCAAGUAGAUGAAGUCAAAGCAUUAGAUCAAGGCAUAGUGCUGGACUUGCCAACACAAGAAGAGCUAGACAUCAGUCCCAAUGCUUUGACACAUAUGAGGAGACUGAAAUUGCUCAUAGUUCUGAAUGCACAAAUCAGUGGAGGUCCCAUAUGUCUUUCUAACGAUUUAAGGUGGCUUGAAUGGCCCGAAUAUCCUUUAUCAACUCUGAAAUUUAGUGCUGGUCCAAAGAAACUUGUUUGGCUUGAUGUGCAUAACAGCCGAAUUAAAGAAUUAGGAGGGAACUUGAAGCAUUUUAGAAAUUUGAAGUUCCUAAAUUUCAGCCGCUGUAAGUCCCAGAUUAGUGUUCCAGACUUCUCAGAGGUACCAAAUUUGGAGACAUUGAACUUAAGAAGGUGCUCAAACCUCAAGGAGCUUCCAAGCAAACUGAAGCUGAAAUAUCUUCGAACACUUGAUGUAACUGGCUGCUCUAAGCUCGAUAAGUUUCCUGAUAUUGAGGAGAUGGAGAGCUUAAGAAAACUUUAUAUGUCUCAAACUUCUAUAAAAGAACUUCCUACAUCAAUUGAAAAACUAAUCUCUGUUAAGGUUUUGCUUUUGAAUUCAUGCAAAUGUCUUAUCAGUCUUCCUUGUAGCAUUUACAAGAUGCAAAGUCUAGAGCACCUUUCUCUUGAAAAUUGUUCAAUGUUUGGUUUGUUUCCAGAGAACAGUGAGAGUUCCAAUCUCCCUAAUGGUAGACGUGGAUUUCCAAAUCUGGUCUCCUUGAAGCUUAGUGGCUGCAAUUUGUCAGAGGCUGAAUUCCUUCAGAGUCUUACCGGCUUCUCUACUUUAAACAUCUUGGAUCUCUCAGGAAAUAACUUAGUUAGUCUUCCUACAUGCAUUAGCAAGUUUGAGGAGUUGAUGGUCCUCAAAUUAUAUGAUUGGUGUGGGAUUACUUAUAUAAGAGGAUAUUCUAUGAAGGAUCGGAAGAAAGAUCUUGAAAGUAAGAGAAGCAAAGAGCAGCAGAAGAGCGCAUUAAAUAAACUUGCAGAGCAUCCAAAUGAAUCGAUCAAUAGUGUCCUGAAGAUAAGCUUUGAGGCCCUAGAUGAUCUACAGAAGGAAGUUUCUCUCAAUAUUGGUUGUUUCUUUGUAGGGAAGGAUCAAGAUAACAUGAACAAAGUUCUUGAUGCAUGUGGCUUCGAACCAAGCAUUGAUGUGCAAGUACUCGUUGAGUCGAGAGGUCUUUGA